AUGAAAACCUCGCGUUCCAACCUGCCACGCUGUGUUGCUUUACCAGACAAUUUUGAAGCUUUCUUCUCCUUCCCACAGAAUAAAGGAGGAUAUAGUGGUGUCGCAGUUUACGCUGACUCCCGCACUGUCACUCCACUCCGGGCAGAGGAGGGUCUCUCCGGCAUCUUGCAGCCUAAGCCACCUCUGACGUCGGAUGAUCGGAUAUCUCGUUCAUAUCCCUGCGCACAUGAGAUCGAACUAAUGCCGGACGAGCAUGGAUCAACCCCAAGUGAUUUCGCUGCCUUGGAAGCGGAAGGCCGUGCCCUGAUCGUAGACUUUGGCCUAUUCGUAUUGAUCAACGUCUACUGUCCAAACGAAACUUCCGAUGCUCGUCUUCCUUUCAAAAUAAAUUUCCAUAUCAUGUUGCAAGAUCGAGUCCGAAAGCUCAUGAAUGAAGGCCGGGAAGUUGUGGUCGUCGGUGACAUCAAUGUCUGUGCAACGCCAUUGGACCACUGCGACGGUCAUCUUGCUAGUAACACUGCGACAUUCUACGACCAUCCUGCUCGUGCGUGGUUUCAUGGAUGGUUGAGCCCCAUUGGUUGCAUGACUGAUGCCGUGCGGACAUUCUGGCCUGGCAGAAAAGGAAUGUACACAUGUUGGAACAUGAAAAUUUCAGCUCGAGAGACAAAUUAUGGUACCCGGGUUGACUACAUUCUCGUCACACCCGGUAUGCUUCCCUGGAUCAAGCACGGUGACAUUCAGCCAUCGCUCAGAGGUUCUGAUCACUGUCCAAUAUAUAUUGAUUUUCACGAUGAAAUAACAACUGAUGGUGGCGAACGAUUAUUCCUCCGUGACAUCUUGCCAAUGGGUGGGAAUCGAGAAGACCUGCCUCAGCUCGCAGCACGACGAUGGGAAGAGUAUUCCGGGAAGCAGACGCUACUGUCUACGUUUUUCGGGAAAGGAAACAAGCUGUGUUCACCUAAAGAUUCUCCACUUUCUUCGCUUUCGCCCACUCCAGACACACAACUGCACAGUGAACAUUCUGAUGUUGCACAGCCCGAUCAUACGCAGCCUGCCGUUGUUACUCCACCUCCAGUGCAUCCCCCGCUGAGCUCUCACAAGUCCGUGUACACAUCCACGAGUCAGAUCCUCGUACCAUCGCUACAUUCCAAUCCCAUUUCGUCACGCCAAACUGUGCCCCCAGCUAGUUCUGCCAAACGCAAGUCGUCAGACAAUGCAACUAAGAAAGUACCCAAGAAAUUGAAAGGCGGUCAAAGCAAACUCUCCUCGUUCUUUGCGCAGCCGUCAGUCUCGCCGCCUUGCAGCCAGGAAAUUUCUCCUGACGACCUCACCGAUCACCGGGACUACACAGAGUCCGACUAUCAGCUCGCACUCGAACUUUCCGCUUCACUUGAAAAUCCACUUUCACAGGACUUACUUGCCUCAGCGAUGCCUUCGGCUUCGCAAAGUAAAGCAGCGUGGUCGCAGCUGAUGGCUCCCGUCCAACCACCAAAUUGCCUUGUACACGGUGAACCUGCAAAGGAGCACACCGUUAACAAGCCAGGUCCAAACAAGGGGAAAAUAUUUUUCCUCUGUUCGAGACCGGUCGGUCCGGGGUACGACAAAGGUAAAAGUGAACGCCUCCGCGAAGAGGUGGAUCACCGAUACCGGUGUAAUUUUUUCAAAUGGACGAGCGACGUAAGACGGGAAGCCAAGGACAAGUCUUCCACGUCAUGA